AAUUUUAGGGCGUCGUUUAGCAAAACCCCGAAAAAAUGGAGUUAUCUGCACUUUCUUCCUCCACCGCACACUACAUCUACAAUUAUUCUUCUUCUCCGACCUUCACUUUCUCUCUCCUCGCCGGAGAAUGUCACCCUCGUUUUUCUCUCUCCUCCCAUAAUAAUCCUGAACAUCCUUCAACUUCUUCUUCCUCCUCAUCAUCUCCUCAUUUUCCCGGCAAUAUUCGCCGCCCUAAAACCCUAAAAACCACCACCACUUCUAAACCCUCUUUUACUCCUCCUAAAACUCCUUCAAAUCCUCUUAAAACUCUUCUUAUUUCCAAAAAUACCCCUUCUAAUCUCACCCCUAAACUCCGUCUUACCAGCAAAAUCUCUCCUCCACCUCCACUACCACCUAACGACGUCGUUUUGGGGGAUUUAGCUGAUACUGAUGAAGAAGAAGAGGAAGAAGAGGGAGAAGAAGAAGAGAGAGAUUCUGGGUUGGUUGAAUUUCGGCAAUUGGGUAAGAUUUUUGUGGGUAAUUUACCAUUGUGGAUAAAAAAACCAGAAGUUACCGAGUUUUUCCGGCAAUUUGGGCCGAUUGAGAAUGUGAUUUUGAUAAAAGGGCAUGAAGAUAUAGAGAGGAAUAUGGGGUUUGGGUUUGUUAUCUUUGGUGGGCCCGCCGCCGAGAAAUCGGCAUUGAAGGCUGUGGAGUUUGAUGGGGUGGAAUUCCAUGGAAGAGUUCUGACGGUUAAGUUGGAUGAUGGGAGGAGGUUGAAGAUGUUGGCUCGAGAGAGGGAGAGGUGGGUUCAGGGAGGGGAAGGGAGGGAGCAUAGGUCUAAGUGGCAUGAGGAGAGGGAUGGUUCUAGGAAGGAGUUUCGGAAGGUAGUGGAUUCGCAGCCGGAGAAUUGGCAGGCUGUUGUUCGUGCUUUCGAGAGGAUUAAGAAGCCUUCUAGGAAAGAGUUUGGUCAGAUGGUUAAAUUUUAUGCAAGACGUGGGGAUAUGCAUCGCGCACGUGAAACUUUUGAAAGCAUGCGAGCAAGAGGGAUCGAGCCAAAUUCACAUGUAUUUACAAGCUUGAUUCAUGCCUAUGCAGUUGGCAGAGACAUGGAAGAAGCACUGUCAUGUGUGAGGAAGAUGAAAGAAGAAGGAAUUGAAUUGAGCUUGGUCACUUCAGCAUCCUUGUUGGAGGCUUUGCUAGAAUUGGCAACGUUGAUGCUGGGAAUGCAACAAAUUGAUCAUCCUCGUAAACAGCAGAAGGAUUGAACUUGUUUCUCCGGAAGUGAAUAUCAAUGAAUCUAAUUCCAAUCAAUUCGAUUAAACUGAGUGAUUCAAGUGAAGGUAGCUGGCCUAGAGAUGGCAGGAUUUGACAGUUUGCACAUUUAAAAAUGGUUAUAUUUCUGAGGUUCACAAAAGAUAGGUGGCUAAUCCAACUUGGAAAUGUUGAUCCACCAUAACAAACUAUCCGUAGGUCUUGGAGGCUUGUGUGCGGUUGUAGAUAGCUGAUCACCUCAUGAUUUACUCCGAUAUGUUCUUGGUACUCAUCAUCAGUCCAUCUCAACUCUAACUUCUUGAGUCGUUGCUUAGAUAUGAGAUUCGCCUCCU